CUCCCCGACAACAUGGCUGCUGCAGUACAGUGUCCGAUCAGAAGUACGUCGGCACUCGGAGGAAAAACAUCAUUUUGAAAGGAUUUUAAUGACAACGACGUGAAUUUUAGAUAAGACCUCUACAUGAACAUUCAGAAGAGGAUCUCUGCAGCACACCUGAGCCACAGUUAAUCCUCCACGCCUGCAACCCAUAAACCCUCAGCCUCCCGCUUCUCUGUGCUGCUCCCUGCAGGUGUGGGUGUGCCUCCUGUCACACUGGCAGAGGAGGUGGGGCAGGAGGUGUUGCCAGGCGGGGGACCAAGGCUGCACCCGCCUGCCUUCUCCAUCUUCCUCUGUCCCAUUCGUGCCCACCUGAGCGGAAGUUUCCUCAGGCAGUGGGCUGAGAGGGAUCCAGCCGAGGGCCUAGAGAGUGAGCUGAUCAGAUUCGGCCAUCGCAGAGCGGCAGUGAGCGGGCUCUGUCGGGCGGCGUGUGCGGGUUAAGGAGCGGAGCAUGAGGAGAGGUUGUGGUUGUCAUGGAGCAGCAGGUUAAGAAGCAGGAGGAGGAUGCUGUGGCUCUGGGCCUGUCGACUGGUCAGGCUCUGGCCAAGCUGCGGGAUCAGCUCAGCAGCCUGCUGGAGCAGCACCAGAGGACUGCACGCCGAAGAGUCUCUGCACAGGAACAGUGGGUAAAUAGUUUUCUCUACCAUGGCAACCGGCACUCCUGUCUCCAUUGGCCGGGAGCAGCCCUCACUCUCCUGGUGGUGCUGGGACUCUUCUGUUGCCAUGGCAGCCAGCCAAAGGGCAGUUCUGGUAUCGAGCUGGUGAACGCCAUCGCCCUCCUGCUCCUCUUCCUGCUGAACCUUCUGCUGGUCGGACGUCAGGAGAGGCUGAAGAAGAGUGAGAUGGUCCGGCGCCUAAGGGCGAUCAUCACACAGCUCAGCGACUAUCUGACUGGUUGUGUGGGUGAAGCACGGUGGUCUCCAUCUCUGUACCCUGAUCUGUACACGCCCAUAUCUUCAUCGUGGUCUCUUCACUGGACCUACAGAGACUCCCAGCUGGUUAACCUGCCCGUCAGUCUGCUAGUGGAGGGAGACAUCAUCGCUCUGAGGCCCGGACAAGAAGCGUUUGCAUCACUCAGAGGCAUCAAGGAUGAUGAGCACAUUGUGUUGGAGCCAGGAGAUUUAUUCCCUCCAUUCUCGCCUCCUCCUUCACCCCGAGCCAACGACAAGAGAGCACCCCAGACCCCCCAGCAACACCGGCUCUUCAGAGUUGUCCGGACCCCCAUACUGGAAUCAGUCAGGAACAGUCUGGAGUUGGCGUUGUCUCGUCCAGUCACAGUGCUGGAUAAUGAGAGGUUUACAGUGCAGUCUGUGAUCACCAAGCUUGUCUGUCCUGUUGUUCUGGUAGCAUUUCUGCUUGUGAACUCUGUCCGCUAUUUCUGUGAUGCCCCCAGCCUCACCCCAGCCUGCUACAACUUCUUUCAACUUCAGGUGAUGGGUGUGUUGCCCAUCCUGCCCCUUCUCUUCCCCGUCAUGUGGGUGCUGCUGAACGCCUUCGGAGAAGCCAAAGUCCUCGCUGAGUUCAGCCGAGCAUCACCAGCUGGUCUGCUUGCUAAGUUCUCUGAGGAUACUCUAAGCAGCUACACCGAAGUGGUUUCCUCCCAGGAGAUGCUGCGCUGUGUUUGGAGACACCUGGUGGGCGUCCUGAAGGGAGAGUCUCAGACACUCUGUUAUACAUCCAGCCUCUUACACACUCUGGGAUCUGUUACUGUGCUGUGUUGUGUGGACAAGCAGGGGAUCUUGUCCUGGCCCAACCCAAGUCCAGAGACAGUGUUGUUUUUCAGCGGGCGUGUGGAGCCGCCUCACAACAGCCAGGACGACCUCAGAGACGACCUGUCUGUCAACUCCUACUGCAGAAUGGAGACAGAUGAUGACAGGGAUGAGGCCCAGGAGGGGGAGGCUCUGCUCUGUCUACCUGCGGAGUCCUCCACCCACCUGGGAGAGGGCCCAGAGCCUAGUGAGACAUCACAUGACAUCACUCGAUCGUCUGACAAUCUCCGUCAUAUGCGCUCCUGCCAGUCCACGCACACUCGCACCAAACACCACUCUGGAUCCAACGUGAGCUUCAGCCGGGACACAGAGGGAGGAGAGGAUGACCCAACUCAGGACUUUGCUUUGGGCUGCCCUGAAGCGGAGGCGGAGGACUUUGUUUGUGAUUACCACCUUGAAAUGCUGAGUUUGUCUCAGGACCAGCAGAACCCGACCAGCAUCCAGUUUGACGACCUGUCCUGGCAGUGCCACCUCCCCUCUCUGAAGCCGCUCGGCCUAAACAUCAUGCUAAACCUUUGUAACGCUAGUGUCACCCAGCAGCUCUGCCGAUUCUCCGACCACCUGUCCAACCUGGCUCUGCAGGAGAGUCACGGCUCUGUGCUGCCCGUCUAUGUCCCGUGGGGGCUCUGUGAGCUCUCCAGACUCAUCGGGUUCACUCCUGGUGCGAGGGAGCUGUUUAAACAGGAGAACCACUUAGCUCUUUACCAGCUGCCAUCUGGAGAGAAAACCAAGGAGUUUACGUCACGCCGCCUUCAUUACUUCACCAAACGCCAGCCUCCCAUCUCUCACCUCAUCUCCCUCUUCGUACGAGACUCUUCUUCCAAUAAUGUCCAGAUGCUGUCUCAUGGUUCAGCUGACCUCAUCCUGGAAGCCUGCACUGAUUUCUGGGAUGGCACUGAUAUUUAUCCCCUCUCAGGCUCUGACAGAAAGAAGGUUCUGGACUUCUACCAGCGUGCCUGUCUGUCAGGUUACUGCUCAGCGUUUGCCUACAAACCCAUGCAGGUCUCGUUGUCCAAUCAGCUGAAUGGAAAGUGUGUGGAGCUGGCUCCGGGCCCCUGCCUCUUUUCUGGAGUGGAGCUGCCCUCCACCACCCCCAUCAAACACGGCUCCUGCAGGAACAGCUGGAGCUCUGAUGAGGGUAUCGGUGAGGGUGUGGAGCGGGAGGACUGCGUUCAGGCCCUCAGCGGGCAGAUCUUUAUGGGCAUGGUAUCAUCCCAGUUCCAGGCGAGGUUGGACACGGUCCGUCUCAUCGACGCUCUGGUCACCGCUUGUAUCCGCUUUGUUUACUUUUCCAUGGAGGAUGAACUCCGCAGCAAGGUCUUUGCAGAGAAGAUGGGUUUAGAGACAGGCUGGAACUGUCACAUCUCUUUGACUCCAAACGGAGACAGUCCGUGUGAUGGAGCGCCGUCCAGCCCCAGUCAGGGCUCCCUGCAUGAAGACCUGCACCAAGAUUCUCGGGAUGAAGCAGAGGGUCCGCUGCUGCCUGAGGAGGAGGCUCACUCUGACCUCGCCAGUUUCCAGCCCACAGACAGCGACGUGCCCAGCUUUCUGGAGGAUUGUAACAGGGCCAAACUACCUCGUGGUAUCCACCAGGUUCGUCCUCAUUUGAAGAACAUUGAUAAUGUGCCUCUUUUGGUGCCACUCUUCACUGACUGCACCCCUGACACUAUGUGUGAGAUGAUGAAGAUCAUGCAGGAGAACAGGGAGGUCACGUGCUGUCUGGGAAGCGCCGCCAACUUCCGAAACAGCCGCCUGUUUCUACAGAGUGACGUCAGCAUCGCUCUGGACCCUCUGUACCCAUCUCAGUGCUCGUGGGAGACGUUUGGCUACGCCACAGGCGGAGGAUUUAACGGUGAAGUUGAGGGCCUGACUCCUCUGAGACUCUCCGGUCAGCUCAACAGUCUUGGCUGCUCAGUCACCUUCCACCAAGGAGAGAGCGUCAGCAUGGUCAAACUCAUAGAGCAGGCUCGACACACGAUCUACGGCAUUCGCAAGUGCUUCCUUUUCCUGCUGCAGUGUCAGCUCAGCCUGGUCAUCAUCCAGUUUCUAGCCUGCCUCGCUCAGCUUCCUCCUCCUUUGAACACCACGGACAUCCUGUGGCUGUCAUGCUUCAGCUGCCCGCUGCUGAGUGUGUCUCUUCUCGGGAAGCCACCUGACAGUUCAGUGAUGACGGUCGCCACAGGGAAGAACCUCGAUUCAAUUCCAAGGAAGACCCAGAACUACUUCCUCGGCUGUUUCCUGCUGAAGUUCAGUCUGACGGUGUGUGCCUACCUGUUGGCCUUUGGAUUUACUCUGCAGGAGAUCUGCCUCAAAAGCAGCGACUACUCCCCUUUCAACAACACGACUGCCAACUGCCUUCAUAUUCUCACAAAGAGCUCUUCAGAUGAAGCUCCUCGGUGGUUCAUGGAGCUGUCAAACGGCCUGCUGCUCACUCAGAAGGUGAUGGCAGCAUUCCUCGCCUUACACACAGUGGUGAUCUCUCUCAGCUACGUGCAUCGCUCCCAGCCUCUGUGGAGAAAAAGCCCCUUCAGCAACACCUGGUGGUGUCUCACUGUACCUGUCGUUCUGCUCACCCAGGUUGUUCAGGCCACCGUGGAUUAUCAGCUAUGGCGAAACACGAAUGGCUUCCUCGCCUUUAACCUGAGGGAUAUUCCUCUGCUGGCCUGGCUGCUGGUCUCUCUGUCCCCGCUGUUGGUGGUUGUGGUCAAUGAAGUUGUGAAGCUACAUGAAAUACGAGUUCGAGUUCGCUACCAGAAGAGGCAGAAGCUGCAGUUUGAGACGAAGCUGGGCAUGAACUCUCCGUUCUGAUGUGACAGAGAUAUGGUGGAAGCCAUGGAAGUACUCUGAGGAAGGGUACGAUCACUGCAGACCCCUCCGUUAUCACAUAAACCCAACAGCACUGCAGUCAUCAAAAGGAGCAAAUUUUACCUGAAUGUUACUUUGGGGCUUUAUGACACAGAUGUUCAUACUCCUACAUCUGUCCAUAUUACAAGGGCGGGAAAAGGAGAAUGCAAAGUACAGAUUUCUGUUAAAAAAAGAGCCAAAAUAGGCUACUAUUUAUUGUCUGGUUUUAGUUUUAAAGGCAUGAGGAAUGUUUUUCUGAAGCUGUUUCUGCUUUGACACUUUCACGUCACUGAGAGUCCCGAACAAUUCAUGUAAAGCUCCCUCACUUUUAAAGGAUUUUAAGUGAAGUUUAUGUUAAUUUCAUCCACUCAGACACACUGAGCUGUCAUAAAUGACUUCAACCAGUCCAGCACUUAUUCAGUUUGACUUAUUUUCAGUCGACUGUGGCAGGAAAGAAAGGGUAGUUUGUAACUGUGGAGCCCCAAAGUGUUCAGUAACUCACUGUAAAUCACAUAAAUAUGUUGUAAAAUUUACAGUUAAACACCAAGAAUUUCUGAGGUAAUUCAAGAACUGAUAAUGCAUGACUUUGCAUCCUGCCAAUCACGUGCUCCCUGCCUCUUUAGAUAACAAGAAAACAAGCCCGGUUAGGCCGGUUAAACAUUUACCAGAUGACCAAAAAUCACAUAUAAACUAUUUGUUAAUUUAUUCAUUUGAUAUAUUUUUUAAUUCUGCUUUCAUUGAACACACUUGGGCUCCACUUCUAACUUGAAAUCUUCAGAUUAGGGUGAAACUCUACCUCUGGAAAGUAUAAUGAACUAUUUUUUCUUCUGUUGUUUAGUCUUUGAGCCACAUUUGAAUCUCUACAGUGGUAAUCCUCCUAGACAGUGGGCCUCAUUCACCAACAUCCUGAGAAGAUUUUUCUUAAAUUUGAAGAAAAUUUAUGUGGGAUUUAUGUCACAUUUUUAAAUUGCUGGUUUGUUCUCACCUGUGCUCUUAAAUUGAUGUAUGCCAGGGGGGCGUAAGCUGAAUGCACAUGCACAUUUCUCCCAAUUAGCAGAGAAACACCCCUUUUAUGCCCAUAUAAGGGCAUGAGACUGAAGGGCAGUGUGCAAACACAGAAAAGGUAAGAUAUUAGUGACAUUCAAACUGAAAUAAACUGUCAAAACAAUCACACGACUUUAAAAUACUGCGAUAUUCCUAAAGUGGAUGUAGUGCUGCUCCAAAUGACACAAAAAGAGGACGAUUUAAUUCUAUUUUUAGCACCAGUAGUGGAAAUUAAAUAAAUGCUGCAAACAUUUUAAUUGGAUGUAAUCAGUCAUUUAGACAGUGUUUUCAUUAGAAAUGACAUAAUUUGAUUAAAACAAACAUUAAUUCUAAAACCUGACCCUUAAACUGAUGUAAAGGGUCAAUGACAUGACUGGUUUUUCCUUUUAAAAAAAAAACAUAUUGGUUCAUGGCAUAUAUCAAUCCUUCGAAACCUAUUUUGUCUAAAUACAUUUUCAGUAUAUUUGACCAAUAUAAUAAAUUUUAUAUUGAGGCAUCUCCAGCCCUCCGAAUAAAUGAGCAGAUUACUUACACUGUUGAAAAUGGCAUUUUGGUUGUGAGAAAUCCAAAUUAGAGUACUGUGGCAUGAUUUUAUGGUUGAAAUCUUUGAAGUAAAAAAUGUUGGUAAAAUUUAUCGGGUUAGAGCAUCAAAAAACUUUUGUCUUGGAAUUUACAGGUUCUUAAAUGCCAGGGUGGAACAACCGUAAGCAUGGGACCUUUAUUUUGAAAUGAAGUGCUAAAAAUAGAUUGACGCACAAUUUAUCACCCAUUUAACUCCGGCUAACAGAGAAAUGGUUUAUAGAUCCUUUUCAAGUGAAGAUAAAACAUUUCUUUUGAGCCACAGGUGGGCAGGUACGCUUUCCAUGUCAGGUGUUACACCCAGUGUAAAACUGUUAAUUAUUAUUUUUUAUUAUAAUGUACAAAAUGUACAAUAUAAAGAAACAAAGGUAAACUAACAUUUUAUCACUUGCUCUAUCAGCAUGAGAAACGUCGCAGAGCAACUCUGUUAUUAACUCUGUAAUUCUGUGUUAUUAUGCCAUUCUUACUCUAGCACAUUUGAGUGCUGAUAUGUGAAAAAUUAAACAUUUUAUCCUGUCAUAUCAGCUCUCAAAUGUUGGCCAGAGUGUUCUGGAAUUUACUUAGAUUUUGUUCUUAGCCAAAAACGAAUACAGAGAAGAAUACAUCGUUGCGCAGAGAAUCUUUUGGAACAAAUUUUUUCUUAGGAAGGUUGGUGAAUGAGGCCCGUUGUUCUGCUUUAUCAAAUGUUUCUUUCGAACUGUUGGACCGAGCCAAGGUCAGAUCUGCUGUAACACAACAAGGACUAAGGAUAACAGAUAAAAAUAAAUAUUUAUGUUUUAUACUAACACAUUUACAUGAUAUUAACACUGUAUAUUCACAUCACCAGUCUAACUGAAGAAUGUGCCAGCAUGCAUCAUGAACUUACAGCCGGUCGUGCAGCGGUUGAAGUGACUCUGUCGUGAAACGACGGACGUCCCGAGUGAACGAUCCUGUCAAAUCUGGUGUGCCGUCACACCGCAGACUUAUGAAAGGUGCUUCAUAUCGUUCAGUUGCCUUCUUUCCUCAGCCUGUCUGCCUUCUUCAGCUCUCACACCACAGCAGGCAGGAGCUCAGGAUUACAGUUAUUUUUAUUAUAAAGUGUAAAUUACCCCAGACUUCAUGUUUAAUCUGCUGACCAGCAUGUUUCAGACUCAGAUUUCUUUGCUGAUUAUCUUGUCAUUUAAACAUGAAUCGAUCUCUUACAGUUAAGUUGAAGAAUCAGCAGCAGACUUCUGUUUCUGUUAUUUUUAAUCAAACCAGCCUUCUGUGUGGUGCUGUCAUCACCUCACAUAGACGUUAUUUUGUUAGUAUUGCUGUAUUAAAGAGGGGCGGUGUCAUUAACUCACAAUUUAAACUUUAUUUCUUUCAUUUCACCAAAUAUAAAACAAUCAGUCUUCUCAGUGUGUUUAACAGCCAAGAAAGCCAACUGCCAAGUGAUUGCUUAAUCAGCACAUUUCCAUGAUAUAAAACUACAUAUUCUGUAUCUUCCCUCAUGUUUAAAUCCAAAUGGUCAUCAGCUUAAGUUUGUAUUCGACAUGGCAGGAUUUUCAAUCAACUUUUGAAACGUUUUCCUCUGACACGACUCAUUGUUAUGGAAGAUACAAAAGAUCCUGAGGUUUUUGAAGUCAGUUUUUUCUGGCCUUGAUUUAAGCCACGUCUUGCUGUAAAGGGUGAUUCUGGUAUUUCGAAAAUCUUCUCAUGCACAAGGCUGUUAGGCUGAGUGACUCUAAAUUGCCCGUAAGUGUGAGUGUGAGCAUGCCAUGAUUGUCUCUGUAUGUCAUCCAUGUGAUUGACUGGUGAUCAGUCCACCAAAAUACCAGAAUUACCCUAAAGAUGGCAUGAAAUGUGGCAUCACGGGUUAAACCUCUCAUGUGUGACCAACACUGACAUUGCCAGGGUUCAUGAAAUUUUGUAAAAAAAAAAAAAAAAAAAUUGAUGUGCAGCAGAGAUCUAGCAAGGAUAAAAUAAACCAUUUUUCUUCUAUAACUGAUUUUGGUAAUUUUUCUACUUUGAUUUCACUACUUUUUGGCCAAAAUAACUGAGCAACUAGCUCAGAGCUCUGAGCUAUUUUAAGCUACAUUUCAAUGCUUUUAGCAACACAAGAUCUACAGUCAAGAUGUGCACAUGACUGGUCAUGAAAUACUUGAUUUUACAUUUUUGCUUGUGUUUAUUUUGGGAGAUGUUGACUCAUGACCUCGGUAUCUUUAACACCUGGCUACAGCCCUGUUCUCACUUCUGCAUAUGCACCAGUUUAAUAAUUUCAUGACUAAAAAUGUUCUCUUAAGUUCAACAGAGGGUGUCUGUGAAGAACGGAGUGCAGAAGCACAAUCUAGUUUUCUGGAUUAUGACGCCAUAACUCUCCCAGUCACUUUCUUGUUGGAUGAAAAAGUCAGCAUGAGCCCCUGGAGGUUCAGAGACAAAUAUCACAAUGCAAAGAAAUGUUUGUAAUCUUUAUUAGCUUGCCCUGUUUGUACUUCAAAUGUUUCAUGUCAUGAUGAACACGGACUAUGCUGCAUGAAUAUGAUCCAGUGAAUGCUCCGUCUCGAUCAGUGUACAUCUAUAGAUCCGUUCAAACACAAAUGGACUCAUAGAGCAUGGACUUCAUACUGUCUGUCACCAGGCCUGUGGUCAAACCUGCAGAUGAUGCUAACAUAAUCACGGUUAGGAAAUGAGACCCUCCGCCUGUUGAAUCAUCAGGUCAGGGUCUGGCUGGAGGUGAUGGACUCUGAUAAAGCUGUUCACAAGAUACAUAAAUGUAUAUUUUGUAUUUUUUAAAGUGUCUAUGUUCAGAAAUUUUGACAGGUUUGUUUCUGUAUUGAAAAUGUCAUCUUAAUAAAUAUGCUCUUUUAUUCA